UAAAAAAUCCCAACUUUAUGUUCAUUGCAUGCGUUGUCCAGUUUCAUAUCUGAAAAAAAAAACCAAAAAAAAAGAAACUGGUUUUUUCUUCGGUUGGUCUGGUCGUAAAUGGGGAAUGUAACGUCGAAUGUGGCUGCAAGAUUUGCAUUCUUCCCACCAGACCCACCGACGUACCAGGUUAUCAAGGAAGAAGAUGGUCGUCUGGUUCUGCAAGGCAUAACCGCCGACAAGAACAUGGAUGUUCAUGUGCUCGAUACCAAAGGUGGUAAUAAAAUCAUCGCCACAUUUUGGAAACAUCCCGUCGCUCGUUUAACCAUCUUGUACUCCCAUGGCAAUGCCGCCGAUUUAGGCCAGAUGCAUGAACUCUUCAUCGAGCUCCGAUCACAUCUUCGCGUCAAUAUCAUGAGUUAUGAUUAUUCAGGAUAUGGAGCAUCUACAGGAAAGCCGACCGAAUUCAACACGUAUUACGACAUAGAGGCAGUGUAUAAUUGUUUAAAGAAAGAAUAUGGAGUUAAGCAGGAAGAUUUGAUUGUGUAUGGCCAAUCUGUGGGGAGUGGUCCGACUCUACAUUUGGCUUCUCGGUUAAAGAAACUAGGCGGAGUCGUUCUUCACAGCGCGAUCCUUUCCGGCCUUCGGGUCUUGUAUCCUGUUAAGAUGACAUUCUGGUUCGAUAUCUUCAAGAACAUCGACAAAAUCCGGCAUGUCAACUGUCCGGUUCUAGUUAUUCAUGGAACGGAUGAUGAGAUUGUUGAAUGGACUCAUGGGAAGAGAUUGUGGGAACUUGCCAAGGAGAAAUUCGAUCCCUUAUGGGUGGAGGGCGGCGGCCAUUGCAACCUCGAAACGUUUCCGGAGUACAUUAGGCAUGUGCGCAAAUUCGUACAGGCGAUGGAGAAGAUUUCGAUCACGAAACCGGCUAAACAGAUUACGUCUGCCUCGAACAUCGCGGAAUCUGAAGGCUGUAAAUGCUUGAGAUUGAAGACGAAGCGAGCUGCCUCGAAGAGGGAAUCGUGAAUUUGAACUUAUAUAGUUUCGUUUUCUUCAAGUAUGUUGAUUUUACUUUGCUUGCCUCACCCAG